UCCUACGUUCAUCGACUGUGUCGGAAAAAAAAAAUCGAUCCUUCAAAGUUUUUAGAUUUUCUUACCUGAGUCAGAGCGAGCGAGUGCGGAGCAGAUUGAAUUUGAGAGUCCACCUUACACUGCUCAAAAAUCUAUGGCUGGACCAGAUACAACGGCAGGGAGCUCACGUCAUGAAAAGCGUAAAGAAGCUCGCUUGCAGAAGAGCCAGAAGAAGCAUGAGUCUUGGCUUCAGCGUCAGAAGUUGCAAAAGGAGAAACGAGUAUCAACAUCAUCAGUCCAGACAAAGACUGAUGACGUGAUCAAGUCUGAAAUUUAUAAAGAAACUGAACAUGUGAAAUCAGUUAGUCCUGGUGGAAACAAGGAUGGUAAAAAGUCUUCUACACAAAAGAAAGACGAGGCUAGAGUCAAACCAAAGGAGAAGAAGAUGCAAAGAGGACACAAAACGAAAGAUCUAAAGAAGCCAAGGAAGAAGACGAAGUUCGAAGAGUAUCUUGAGAUGGAGACACAAAGCGCUUCACUAUCUCGUGAGCAGGAUGUCGAACUUGAGAGGAAGCUCGCAAAGAAACUCAAGGUAAAGAACGGAAAACUAAGAGGCGUGGAUGACGGUAUGAAUGAACUGUUCGAAGGGCUCCCAUCUGUGUUGGAUUCUAUGGGUUCUGAACUUGGUGAUUCUCGUAAGAAGAAGGGUAAGAGAAAGAAACCAGAGGAGAAACAGGACUAUGAGGAAGAUUUUGAGCUUGGAGAAUCUGAUUUUUCCAAUGAGGAUAGUGAAGAAGAGCCUAAAAGAAAAAGAGACCGUAAACACCGUAAGAAGAAGAAGUCGUUAGAUGAAGAGCUAGAAACUCAUCCAAUGGAGAUCACAGAUGAUGGUGAGUCAGCAGAGACUGUUAACUACGACGAGAAAGUGAAAUCUCCUCCGCGGAAACCUAAUCCUGAGAGCAGCGUCAAGUAUGUUGCUCCUCAUUUAAGAUCUCAGGCCAGAAGCGAAUCUGAAGAACAAGCUAAAUUACGUACACGUGUAAAAGGUCUUCUAAAUAAGAUGGCUGAGUCCAAUGUAGAAACAAUAACCUCAGAACUUUCCACACUCUAUCGCAGUGUUGCAAGAAGUGUGUCCUCUCAGAUUUUCUGUGAAGAGGUUUUGGCAACUUAUGCCAGAGGCAAUGAACAGUACGCUGUAUUUGCUGCUUUUAUAGCUGGCAUGGCUUGUCAAGUUGGAAUGGAUUUCAGUGCUCAGCUUCUUGCUUCACUUGCUAAAUCUUUCGAGGAUGAAUACCAAAAGGAAGAUAGCCUCUCUUUGAAUGGAAUCACUCUUUUACUUUCUUAUCUCUGCUUGUUGGGAGUUUGCUCCAGUGAUCUUAUUUAUGAUUUCUUAAUGACAUUGGCGAACCGGCUGACUGAAGUUGAUGCCUCCACUAUUCUAAUUGUUUUAGAUAGCUGUGGAAUGAAGAUAAGAAGUGACGAUCCUGUGGCUAUGAAAACCUUCAUCAUAAGCAUCCAGAACAAGACAAAUGAAAUUAAAACCUCCCCUGAUUGCAAGACUGAUAUAAAUAAAUUUACAAUGGAGAAAAUGCUUGAAACCAUUGCUGCAAUCAAGAACAAUAAGUUGAGAGCCAAAGAGGAUUCAGUUCAGAGCACAAGGGUAAAGAAGUGGCUUCAAAAGUUGAGAGUGGAAGAAGUACUAUUAAGAGGGCUCACAUGGAGCAAGCUGCUUGAGACCGAGAAGAAAGGCCAGUGGUGGUUAUCUGGCGACUUGGCGGUUAAAACAAACCACGCCGAAGACGUAGCGCAAACGAUGGACGCUGAGGUUGUCGAGGCUCAGAAAAUGUUAAAGCUAGCUGAUGCACAGAGGAUGAACACAGAUUCAAGAAAAGCUAUAUUUUGCGUGAUCAUGAGUAGUGAAGACUACAUUGAUGCAUUCGAGAAGCUACUUAGACUGGAUCUGCCAGGAAAGCAGGACAGAGAGAUCAUGAGGGUCCUAGUUGAAUGCUGUUUACAGGAGAAAGUGUUUAACAAGUACUACACUGUUCUCGCGUUAAAGCUGUGUGAGCACGACAAGAAUCAUAAGUUCACACUACAGUAUUGCAUCUGGGACCAUUUCAAAGAACUAGAGUCAAUGUCACUUCAGAGAUCAAUGCAUCUAGCGAAAUUUGUGGCGGAGAUGAUUGUAUCCUUCAAUCUUUCUCUAGCGGUUCUCAAGUGUGUAGACUUGGCGAAUCCAGUGCAGUUAACUCCGAAGAGAAUCAUGCACUUCCGGAUGCUGUUCGAGGCCAUCUUCGAGCACACUGAGAAACUUGUGUGGAACUUGUUCACUCGCAUAGCCGUGAAUCCGGACUAUGAAGCUCUAAGGGAUGGCAUCAAGUUCUUCAUGAAGGAAUACGUUGUGAAAGCUAAUAAGACGAUCUAUGGGAAGUUCAGGAAAGCCAAAGAAGCUCUUAACAAUUCAGAUGGAUCGCUGCUCAUGUGAUUCUUGUUGCCAUGCCUAGGGACAACAGUUUUGCAAGCUCUUAUGAGUUUUACUUCCGAUUAUGUCAUUGUCUCUUACGUUGUACACAUUUUUGUUUGACUGAGACUAGUUUUGUCUAGCUAUUUAUUUAAUGUUUCCAAGUUUAAGGAUCCCAAGUUUUAUCAGCUUCAAUAAAAACUUGUAGAAACG